CCCACAGUGCACCGCGGCGGAGAGACGCGGCGGUACCGUGAGUCAUACGUGUGGCGCCAGUGGUUUAUACGAUGUGGACUUACUCUAAAAGUGCUGCUGAUGAAGACCUUGCAAAUUUGCAGUCAUUAUGGAAUCAGCUGAGGAAAACUGAAAAAAACCUACAAACUGUAGAGGAAGAGCUUUCCAGCACUCAUACAAGUGAACGUUGUGGCCCCUGCUUGGAUGAGGCUGUAAACUUCACUCUGGAGGACCUUGUUCAGCCUAACUGCAACUAUCAAGGCUUUUCCGACUGUAAGAAGAAUGCUGGUAAAACAUCUUUCCAGGACUUUCAAAGGAAAUCUGAAUCUUGCUCAGUAUCCACAGCUUCUGAUAAAACUGCAGAAGAAAAUGAACGUCUUAAGGAGAAGCUGGAUGCCCUUCAUGAGCAAAAUGCAUCUUUGACUUCUCAGAACCACUACCUAAGGAACAGAGUGGAAACAAUGAACUUUGAGUUGGUGCAGUCAAAAACAAGAAUUUCUUAUCUUGAAUCAGCUUUAGGUACACGUUUAGUCAGCAUUCCAAAGCUGAAAGAACAGAUUGUAAACUUGGAAGCAGAAGUUUCAGCUCAAGAUAAAAUUCUCAGAGAUGCAGAAGAUAAACUAAAUCAAAGCCAGAAAACAGCAAUGGAAAGAGGAAACAUGUUGCAGAGGUAUAAAAAGGACUAUAAAAACCUGAAAAUGGAGUUAAUUGAACAAAGCAAGCAAGGAAAGAGGGCAGAACAGCAAAGAAACGAAGCUUUGUUGAGCGUGGAGGAGCUGACAAGAGCUUUCAAAAAGUAUAAAGAGAAAAUAACUGGAAAAUUAGAAAAGGUUAAAGCUGAAGAAGUAAUCUUGGGAAAACAUUUGAUUAGUUGUGAAAAAGAAAAAGAGAAGUUGAAUGAAAAGUGUGUCAGCUACAGAAAGGACCUCGACAUCCUAGAAGAGCAAUUAAGGCAAUUAAAGGAAGAGAAUCAUAGCACAAAAGAAGGAAUUAGGACUCUUGAGGCAAAGAACACUGAAAUGGUGUCAAUGCUGACUCGAUCUGAUCAGAAGAUCAUGGAGCUUGAGAGUGAACUUCAUGAAAAAGAAAUAGGACUUCAAGAGAAAAAUGUUCUAAUAAGUGAAAACACAGAGCUGAGAGCACUUGCUGCACAGCAACGUGACCGCUUGAAAUUAUGCCAUCAAGAAAUUGAAGAUUCAAGGGAAGAGCUCCACAUACUAGAAACCAUUAUUUCCCAGUUGUCUCUGAGUACACCUGAAGAGUUUAAAUGGCACCACUUGAAACACCAGCUAUCCAGCUCCUCAACAAAAGAAGCUCUCUCUGAAUCUUGUGAAUUGAAUAAACCUUUGAUUGCAGACCAAAGCAUUAAACUGGCAAUGAAAGAAGCAGAAGUUCAAAAGCCUUGUGCAAAUGUAACUGUCUGUACUGGAGCUGAGCAUCUUUCUAAUCAUAAUGAAGGACAAGAAAAUAGCACGUUAUGUGACCUGGAAAUGGAGCCUGUCAAAUUGCUCAGAAAUCAAGGAGAGAGGAGAAAUGUCAAACAGUUGGAACUUAUCAGCAAACAAUUUGAAAAGGAGAGGCAAAGAUUCCAGAAAGAGAUAGAAGAAUUACGCACUAAACUGACAAAAGCAGACGAUGAGAAUUCUUCUUUGAAGACCAGCAUGGCCCAGAGAGCCAGUCAUUUUCAAGUCAUGCAGGAAGACCUAUUGAAGAAGGCUUCAAAAGCUAGUAGCUUAGAGAAAGAAAUAACAAAGAAAUCUUCUCAACUUUCUGCACUUGAGAAACAGUUGGAAGAAAAGACUAUUGCUUACUCCACUGCUGUAACAAAAAAUACUGAGUUGGAACAGGAACUCAUGGAAAAUACCAGACGCAUUCAUGAGUUGGAAAUAGCUAUCAGUGAAGAACAUGAGCAAAUAACUUCUGCCUUUGAAAAAACAACGUUGGCUCACCUUGAGCAGCACAAAGAGAUGGAGAAACAGGUUGAACUACUUCAGAGACAGCUGGCGAAGAAAGAUCAACGAUUAAUUGAACAAGAGAAAACAAUAUCUAUGUUGCAACAAGAUGUUAUACAUAAACAACAUCGCAUUGAAUCAUUGGAUGGGCUGCUGAUAGAAACCAGAGAGGAAAUGGAAAAUCAGAAUGUCAAGAAAGAUCGAGGAUUGAAGAUGCUGAAAAGUCAGUUAACAGAAGAAACAGUCAGAGUGAGACAACUUGAGUCAGCACUAGACGUAUGUAAGGAAGAAGUUGCACUGUAUCUGAACCAGUCACAAGAAAAUAAGGAGUUAUUUGAAAAUCAGCUCAAGAAAAAGGCUGAAGAGGUUCUUUAUUUACAGAAAGAAAUAAAAAUAAAAGAUCAGAAUAUUCAGGACACAAGUGAACAAAAUACUCUCCUACAACAAACUCUGCAUCAUCAGCAGCAAAUGUUACAGCAAGAAACUAUUAGAAAUGGGGAGCUGGAAGAUAAUCAAAUUAAACUUGAAAAACAGGUAUCCAAUUUGGAACAAGAGCUUCAGAAGCAGAAAGACUAUGCAGAAGAUGAGUUGAGAAAGGUACAGGAGAAGCAUUGCCUAGCUGCUCAGGAAGCAGAUUUAAACAGACAGAAGGUGGAUGAACUUAAUAGCACAAUCAGACAAAUUAAAAUGGAGAUGGAUCAGUGCAAGAGUGAACUUACUGGUAUGGAAAAAGAAGUUGUGCAAUUAAAACAAGAUGGUGAAAACAAAGCAAUGCAGAUAAAUCAGCUGGAUAUUACUUUGGAAGAAGCACGAUCAGAACUCAAUGAAAAGGCAAAUGAGGUGAAUGAAUUAGAAGAUAAGCUGUUUCAAAGUGAGACUUGCCACAGGGAGGCCUUACAGAAAAUAACAGAACUAGAGUCAGCAUUGCAGAAUGCCCAUGGAGAAUUAAAAAUCACUUCAACACAGCUUAGGGAAUUGCAAGAUGCAUUACAGAAUGCACAGUCCUCUCUGGAGGAGAAGCAUGUUGCUGUUGUGAAUCUAACAACUGAGCUCAGGUAUUGCAAAGGAGAAAUUGAAGACAAAAAGCAAGAACUCCUCGACAUGGACCAAGCACUGAAAGAAAGGAAUUGGGAACUGAAACAAAGAGCAGCUCAGAUUACACAGUUGGAUAUGACAGUUCGUGAACAUAGGGGAGAAAUGGAACAACAAAUAAUUCGAUUAGAAUGCAAUUUAGAGAAGUCAGAGCUAGAAAUUAAGGAAUGCAAUAAACAGAUUGAGAGCUUAGAGAAGAAACUCCAGCAUUGCAAAGACAAGCUUCGUGAAAAAGAGUUUGAAUUACUCCAGAGAGAUCAAGAAAUAAAUCAGCUGAGGAAAAAAAUUGAAAGGAAACAACUAGAAACUCUUGAAAAGGGGCAAGACUUGUGAAGGAAGGAAUGUUGCUCAUUGGACAAGCAGUAACCCAGGAACGCUGUUGCUGGCAACAUAAUUGUGCAUUCAACAACAUAACUGAGCAAUGAAAGAGGAAAUUUUACCCUUGUAUUUAUAAAUAAUGAAUGUGGUUAUUUGUACUGAGGCAAAUUACAACCUUUUUACUCUUUCAACUGUUUCUCAGAUUAUUGCAUUGAUAUAAUAACAUCUUAAUUUAUUUUUGAGAAAUAAAUUCUAGUUUUUAAGUAUCUGGAGUUGCAGGAAUUAAUUUUGGCUCUUGUUUUUUCCCAAGGAUUUUAAACUGUGUAUUUGUGUUUCACAUCUAACUUCUAAUUAAGAGCACAAUGGUAUUACCUUAUCAACAAUUUUUGUUUGGGAAUAUUAAUUAUCCUCCCCCACACAAUGUUGCAGACACAAUAUCUUAUUAAAACUGAUCUGUUUGUAAGAUGUUUUGGGACACUGAUUUAAUAAUAGACACUGGCAAAACCUGCUUGCUUUACUCCAAGCAGUAUGUUACAUUAUCUUUAAGAUGCAAAUGGAUGUGGGACAGGGCCAUAAAGCUUGAACUAUUUUACUUUUUUCCCCAAGCCAAAAUCCAUCCAAAAAUUACCACUGAUUAAAAUGGCAUCAUAACUAUGCAUUAAACCAUAUUUAUUUCCAGUUUUCCAAAAGUACUACACAAUUUAGCUGGUAGAAACUGGACUAGUGGCCUCAGUUUAUAACAUUUUCAUAUUCACAUAAGCAUCAGAAAAUGCAAAUACAGUUAUGAGGCCUAAAUCUGAGUCUGAAGAAUGCAAACAUGAUUUAUGUGUGUUAAGACAUGUGAUUUGUACUUCAGAAAAUCAAGCUAGUAAAGUUAUUUGACAUUAAACUGAGGAAGAGAAUUGAAUAUAUUGCAAUUUAAAGAUAAGGCUUAAAUUAAGUGUUUUGUAUAUUAAAAGCGUAUCUGAGGCAACAAACCUAUCUGUUGUAUUUCAGCAGCUCUGCAGGUGGAAGUGUGCUAAACUCCUUGAGUAGCAGGCACAUCCAUUUGUCUUCAGGCUAGAAAUCUAUGCAUCAAAUUUCAGGCAGAGUUUUUUAAACCAGAGGAACAUGUAAGCCCUUCAAACCGGGAUUUCAAGUGGAAAAUGCAACUCAUCUGUAAUCAAAGUUGCAUCACAACACUACUGGUGAUUGUUAGUUUCCCCCCUGCUACUGUCAAGAAAAUACAAUACAGUGGAAAUACACUGCUUUCUCUAAG